CAGACUGGGAAGGAGAAGGGUGGGGGAACCAUUUCCCAGAGCAUCUAUCCAAAGGGAGCAGUUGUGAACCAACCGCACCUGCAUGUGCAAACGGGCGCGUGGUGGUGCCGGGGGCUGGCUGGGGACGGGGGGCAUGGCCGUGCCCGUGGUUUGCCAAGCGCAGGUCCUGGCAACGUGACUUUCGGGGAGGAAAGCACCCAGACGGGCUGUGUCCCACGCGCUGCAGGACCGGCCCUUGGACCAUCCGAAUGGGGUUUGUGUGGAUGGCAGAACGCAGACCUCAGCAGCAAGGACGGGGGACAAGACCACGCAGCGCAAGGCCACGCGCGCUGGCCUGUUCCGUGCAGAAGGGAGAGCGCACCCAGGUCUCCCGAUACAGCCGAGCGGGCGGCCGGUUGAUAAGCGUGCGCUGCAGGGCCUGACGGACGCAAGAUACAACACCCCACCUCAGCUGGGCAGCUUCAGCGUUAGCAACUCCUGCGCUUCACUUUGAAGGCUGUAGCUUCAAGCGGCAGGUCAAGCAGCGAGCUUCGGCCACCUGCCUCAGGCCCUCAUUCCAGGAGAGUAAUGACACUUCCCUGCAAAGAGAACUCGUCUUUGUAAUCAGGAACUCGGAUGGUCUCGAGCCUGAGCAGCUGAUUCCUCACGGAACUGACCCCACGAACUCGAGGAGCGCUGCGGAGGGUUUGCCAGCAGGCUGCUCCGGAUCUGCUGGGACGUAUUUGCCGUCCGGAGAUGUCCAGGUGGGGAACAGCCAAGCGAUGGAGCCGGGUCUGAAGGCGUUUCUUUAGCCCGAGCACCGCACAGGCCGCCGAGGACCAACCUUUGCUCCCUUUUCCAGUGUUCAGGCACAAUUUUCCAGAAAAUGUGGCCAGAUCUGGGUCAUCCUUCUGCUGCAAAACCCAUGCUAAGAGACUUUGCAAGGAAGAAUUUCUGCUGAGAGGGAUGCUGGGGAAGCAAAGCAGAAGUGAGCAGGUCAGCCCUGUGGAUGGGUUUGGUUUGGGAGCCCGAAAGAGACUGAGGAGCUAGCGAGGGGAAAAAGAGCAGCUAAGGAUGAGGAGCAAGGUCAGGAGCUGAGCCUCCGGGGGUCCCGGAUGGACUCAGAACACCGACACCGCCUGGGGCCGCAGAAAGUUGAAGAAAAGGUUAAAGAUCACUGCAGAAGGUCGAUGUCCGACGGCAUCGGCACCGCAGCGUCAGCGCUGGAUCAUCUCUGGGACAGAGCACAGGACACGGCCACAAACGUGGCCAAAGGAGCUCGGUUUUGUUCACAGAGCAAUAAGAGUAGCAAUUACAUAAUUAAUUGAAGUUAGCCAAGAGCUUUGAGGAGGGAAGCUGCUCAGCACUGAGCAUUCCUGUUAAGACUGGCAAUAUUAGGGAAGAAAAGCGCCGAUUCAAGCGGCGGGCGCUGCAAACGCAGCGAGCCCUCUCUCGAGCAGCCGGGCGCACACACAGGCCUCACCGGGAGCCUGUAAUUAUUUUUGCUUGUUCUCUAGAGUUCCCAUAGGCCUUGUCUCUGUUGCUUUGCAAUACAAACCAGGAGUCUGAUUCACUAGGUAAACCUCUCCGCGGUGGAAUCCCAGCGAUGCGGUGCGGGUGCUCAGUCAGAUCGCCGUUCGCCUGGACACACGCGGGUCACCCGUGCUGGAUUUUCAGCCUUUACUUCCAUGUGUUUGGAGGCAAAGGGGACCAGCAUUGAACAGGUCCAGUCCUUGGAGCAACAGAACAAGAUCCUGACGACAAGGUGGAACUUCCUGAAGGACCAGGACAACUCGGACUCCGAGUCGGACAUGAAGGCCAUCUACGACCAGUACAUGAGCAAAAUGAACCAGGAGAUGAAGGCGCUCAACUACGAGCAGGAAACCCUGGAGUCGGAGCUGACGAAGGUCCUGAGCACCAUGGACAACUUCCGAAGCAAGUACGAGGAUGAAAUUCGCCUCUGCAGCGGCAUGGAAUACACCUUCACGGAGCUCAAAAAGGAUUUAGACGUGAGCUCCUUGCACAGGACCGAGCUGGAGGUAAAACUCAACGGGCUCCGAGAGCUGAUGGAGCUGAAGAAAACCAUCUAUGAGCAGGAACUCGAGGAGCUGCUGACAGAAAUUAAGGACAUUUCUGUCGUACUGGGGAUUGACAACACGUGCAAACUUGACCUGAGCAGAAUUGUGGAGGAAGUGAGGGCGCAGUACGAAGCCCUGGCGCUCCGGAGCUGGGAGGAGGCUGAAGCCCUUACCAGGAGAAAGCUCACCGAGGGCAGCAGCCAGGCGGGCUCCUACGGGGGCCACCUCCUCGACGGCCGCCGGGAGAUCGCUGACCUCAACAUCAAGAUUCAGAAGCUGAGGUCCUGCAUCGUGUCCCAGAAGAGCCAGUGCCUGUACUUGGAGGAGCACAUCAAGGAAGCAGGAGAGCACGGCGAGCUGGCCCUCAAGGACGCCAAAGCCAAACUGAACAACCUCGAAGAAGCUCUACAGAAGAGCAAGGAGGACAUGGCUCACCUGGUGAAGGAGUAUCAGGAGCUGAUGAACAUCAAGCUGGCCCUGGAUGUGGAGAUCCUCACCUACAGGAAGCUGAUGGAAGGCGAGGAGAGCAGCAUGGAGCAACCAAUACCCGCAAUCAUCAGCACCGUCCACUCCAGGCCGAAGCACCUUUCCGCCAGCACCCUGCGAAACUCCAGGCUGUUUGCGAGGGGACCGGGCAGCGCCGAGCCCUCCAGGAGCCACAGAGACCAGGCGGUGCCACCCAAAGCAGACGCGCCCAGCAGCAGCGCCCGGCCCCAGCUCGGCCCCCUGCCCGCCCAGGAGCGCUCCUAGGAGAAACCGAGCCCCGGAGCCGAGCCACGGGACCCCUUUGGCCACACGAAGCCAAAGCACUUUCUCCUGAACUCAAGCCAGCUUCCAAGGGACAAAGGACGUGAAUCCUCCUUUCAGUUUGUCUUUACAACACCCCAGUUAACAUCUCUGCUACCGGUUCCAAGCAGAAGCCAGCCUAGCACUUGAGAGACUCUCCCACUCAACACCCAUGCACCAUCAUCUUCCUCUCUAGGUCUGUCUGCCCCGAGGAUCUGCAUUCACAGCCUUUGAGAUCUGCCUGCAGGAAACUUGGCAGAAGGGGAAAUUCUUACACAAGCUUUUAACGCAGCAGCCAGAAGCCAUUUUACCAGUAUUACAAACCCCUCCUGCGUGCCGCCCUGCCGGGCGGGCGCGGGCUGCCGUGCCUCUCGGAGGAAGGCAGCAGCGACUUUCCAAACCCAGCCAGCCGGAUUUGUGACACCCAGAUUCACAAACCUGGCUGGACUGGGGAAUCCUUGGCCAUAUCAGAGUAUUCAACCCAUCUUACUGCCUUUUGGGUGGCCCCUCAUUCACCCACAUGCUACCAAAGCUAAAACCCCUUAAAACCUUUCCCUUCCUAAGCCAGGUCUCCAGCAGAGAGCAUGCCUCACCCAAAGCCACUCCCGACCCCGCACACGGCGGCGCUGGGCCUUGAAACGGGAUCUUGGGGCCCAUUUCACCUCACUGAGCAGGACUUGCCUUCAUAUUUAUUUUCACUGAGAGCUUCUCCCUUUCCCGGCUGACACUGGUCAUGCUGCACCAAAGCUGCCACAGCCAACUCUGCAGAUGCCACAUUGCCCUGCGAGCAAGGGGGGACGUUCUGGCCUCGCUGCGGGCACUGCCGCGUCCCUCUCGCACAAAUUAAUACCCCGAGGCAUCUUCCUUAGCGAGGCCGAGCUCUGGCCUCAGCCACUGCCACACCAGCUCCCACAUCUUGAGUUCCAGGAGCUGCCGACCGUCUCCUGGCACGUUCCUGCUGAAUGCAUCGCAGCGUUCCCAGGUUUCUGUAGGACAGACAACCACCGCAGCAUCCAUGCAACCAGAACACCCGCUCCCCAGGGUUACGGCUGUUACAAUAAAGUACUGAGUGUCACAGAGAAA